CCCGGGCCCCGCUCGCCGCUCCUCCCGCGCCCCCCGCGCAGUGCUCAUGCGCGCGCCCGGCCUUUAUAGCGGCCGCGGGAGCCCCGCUGUCCGCACUCUGGCGGGCGCAGCCGGGCGGUUCCCACGCAGGUCCACAGCGCCCCGACACCAUGCCUGCAGCCUGGAUGCCAGUCCUCCGCCUCGGUGUCUCGCUGCUGCUGCUGCUGCUGCCGCCGGGGCCCGCGGGCGGCGACGGAGCCGUUCCCAUUGCUAUCACAUGCUUUACCAGAGGCUUGGACAUCAGGAAGGAGAAAGCAGAUGUCCUCUGCCCAGCAGGCUGCCCUCUUGAGGAAUUCUCUGUGUUUGGGAACAUAGUUUAUGCUUCCGUGUCCAGCAUAUGUGGCGCGGCAGUGCACAGGGGAGUAAUCAGCAUCUCAGGGGGACCUGUGCGAGUGUAUAGCCUACCCGGUCGAGAAAACUAUUCCUCAGUGGAUGCCAAUGGCAUCCAGUCUCAAACCCUUGCCAGAUGGUCUGCUUCUUUCACAGUAACUAAAGGCAAAAGUAGUACCCAAGAAGCCACGGGACAGGCAGUGUCCACGGCGCGUCCACCAACAGGGAAACGACUAAAGAAAACACCUGAGAAGAAAACUGGCAAUAAAGACUGUAAAGCAGAUAUUGCAUUUCUAAUUGAUGGAAGCUUUAAUAUUGGGCAACGCCGCUUUAAUUUACAGAAGAAUUUUGUUGGGAAGGUGGCGCUGAUGUUGGGAAUUGGAACAGAAGGACCACAUGUUGGCCUUGUUCAAGCCAGUGAACAUCCCAAAAUAGAAUUUUACUUGAAAAACUUCACAUCAGCCAAAGAUGUUUUGUUUGCCAUAAAGGAAGUAGGUUUCAGAGGGGGUAAUUCCAAUACAGGAAAAGCUUUGAAGCACACGGCUCAGAAAUUCUUCACAGCAGAUACUGGAAUGAGAAAAGGGAUCCCCAAAGUGGUGGUGGUAUUUAUUGAUGGCUGGCCAUCUGAUGACAUAGAGGAAGCAGGAAUUGUGGCCAGAGAGUUUGGAGUCAAUGUAUUUAUAGUUUCUGUAGCCAAGCCAAUCCCUGAAGAACUGGGCAUGGUUCAGGAUGUUGCAUUUGUUGACAAGGCUGUCUGUCGGAAUAACGGCUUCUUCUCUUACCACAUGCCCAACUGGUUCGGCACCACAAAAUAUGUAAAGCCUCUGGUACAGAAGCUCUGCUCUCAUGAGCAAAUGAUGUGCAGCAAGACCUGUUAUAACUCAGUGAACAUUGCCUUCCUGAUUGACGGCUCCAGCAGUGUUGGGGAUAGUAAUUUCCGCCUCAUGCUUGAAUUUGUUUCCAACAUAGCCAAGACUUUUGAAAUCUCAGACAUUGGUGCCAAGAUAGCUGCUGUGCAGUUCACUUACGACCAACGCACAGAGUUCAGUUUCACUGACUACAGCACUAAGGAGAAUGUCCUAGCCGUUAUCAGAAGCAUCCGCUAUAUGAGUGGAGGAACAGCUACUGGUGAUGCCAUUUCCUUUACUGUUAGAAAUGUGUUUGGUCCUGUGAGGGAUAGUCCCAAUAAAAACUUCCUGGUGAUCAUCACUGACGGGCAGUCCUAUGAUGAUGUCCGAGGCCCUGCUGCUGCAGCACAUGAUGCAGGUAUCACCAUUUUCUCUGUAGGUGUGGCUUGGGCACCUCUGGAUGACCUGAAAGAUAUGGCCUCUAAACCAAAGGAAUCACAUGCGUUCUUCACAAGAGAGUUCACAGGACUAGAACCAAUCGUUUCUGAUAUCAUUAGAGGCAUUUGUAGAGAUUUCUUAGAAUCCCAACAAUAAUGGUGGUAUUUUGAUAACCAAAAAGUGCAAGAUUUAAUGUAUAAAUUGUAUUCUUAUGAUAGUGAAAUACCAUAGCAUACUAGGAUCAGAUACAUUAAACAUGUCAACAGCUAUUUUAAGCAAAUAAACAUUCAUUUAAAAUUACUACCUUCUAGUUACAACUUAGACUUUUGACUGAGGCUUCAUAACCUUAGCCCUUAGAAAUCCAAGAAAGAUGAUCAUGUUUUAAAACCUUAAAAGUUCUAAUAUACCUAUAAAAUGUACAGAUUUGCAAGUGCCACAGCUCAAUAAAAGAAUCUGAUACUUACAACAAAAA